AUGUUUCUGCCUCAGGUAUAUGCAUUCGCGGUGGGUGAUUUGGGGUUAGUGUGUGAGCUUGAUGCUGAAAGCACUGUAAUCGGACAUCGAUGUAGCAGAGGCACGCUUCUUCUUCCUCUUAAUUUUGAAAUGAAUCGUGCACUGCUUCCGAAGCAUGUUGCUGCCGUGGUGAAAGCCCAAAAGGACCCUCUGAAAGCACUGGAAAUGUUCAACUCGGCGAAAAAGGAGUCCGGCUUCAAACACACGGUUCUGACAUACAAGUGCAUAGUCCAGAAGCUGGGCCAUCACGGCGAGUUCCAGGAGAUGGAGAAACUGCUUUCGGAAAUGAGAGAGUACGUCAACAACGCGCUUCUGGAAGGCGCGUACAUCGAGGCCAUGAAAAACUACGGUAGGAAAGGGAAGGUUCAGGAUGCCGUGGACACCUUCGAACGCAUGGAUUUCUACAACUGCGACCCCUCCGUUCACUCCUACAACGCCAUCAUGAACAUUCUGGUCGAGUACGGGUACCAUGACCAAGCCCACAAAGUGUACAUGAGGAUGAGAGAUAAAGGGGUGGAAUCUGACGUGUACACUUACACCGUAAGGAUCAAGUCCUUCUGCAGAACUUCCAGGCCUCACGCUGCUCUAAGACUCCUUCGUAACAUGCCUGAACUUGGGUGUGAUUCCAAUGCUGUCGCCUAUUGCACUGUGGUUGCUGGGCUGUAUGAUUCUGGUGAGCAUGGUCAUGCGCGUGUUCUGUUCGAUGAAAUGCUUGCGCGGUGUUUGUGUCCCGAUGUUGUCACGUUUAAUAAGCUUGUGCAUGUGCUUUGCAAGAAGGGUCUUGUUUCUGAAAGUGAGAAGCUUCUCAGCAAGGUUUUGAAGAGGGGGUUUUGUCCCAAUUUGUUCACCUUUAAUAUUUUUGUUCAAGGGCUUUGUAGGGAAGGUGCUCUUGACCGUGCUGUUAAGUUGUUGGCUAGUGUGUUGAGGGAGGGAUUGAGUCUUGAUGUUGUCACUUUUAAUACAGUGAUAUGUGGGCUGUGUAGGAAUUCGCGGGUUGUGGAGGCUGAAGAGUACUUGGGGAAAAUGGUGAAUGAUGGAUUUGAUCCUGAUGGUUUCACCUAUAAUAGUAUUAUUGAUGGAUACUGCAAGAAGGGGAUGGUGCAAUGUGCAAAUAGGGUACUGAAGGAUGCAGUUUUUAAGGGUUUUAAACCUGAUGAGUUUACUUAUUGUUCCUUAAUUAAUGGGUUUUGCCAAGAUGGUGACCCUGAUCAAGCCAUGGCGGUCUUUAAGGAUGGACUGGGAAAAGGUUUGAGGCCGAGCAUUGUUGUUUACAAUACCUUGAUUAAAGGGUUGUCUCAGCUGGGUCUUAUUUUACCAGCUUUGCAAUUGAUGAAUGAGAUGGCGGAAAAUGGUUGUCAACCCAAUAUAUGGACUUAUAAUUUAGUUAUUAAUGGCUUGUGCAAGAUGGGUUGUGUGUCUGAUGCUAGUCAUCUUGUAGAUGACGCCAUUGCCAAAGGCUGCCUACCGGACAUAUUUACCUAUAAUACUAUGAUUGAUGGCUACUGUAAACAGUUGAAGUUAGACAAUGCAACUGGGGUAGUAAAUAGAAUGUGGAGUCAGGGAAUGACUCCUGAUGUUAUCACAUACAACACUUUGCUGAAUGGGCUUUGCAAGGCUGCAAAAUUUGAAGAAGUGAUGGAGAUUUUCAAGGCAAUGGAGGAGAAGGGCUGUGCUCCAAACAUAGUUACGUACAACAUUAUUGUAGAGAGCCUUUGUAAAGCUAAGAAAGUAAUUGAGGCGGUAGAUUUGCUUGGGGAAAUGAAAAGCAAGGGUUUAAAACCUGAUGUUGUUAGUUUUGGCACAUUGAUAACUGGGUUCUGUAAGAUUGGGGAUCUUGAUGGUGCUUACAGGUUAUUUAGACAGAUGGAAAAACAAUAUGAUGUUUGUCAUACAACAGCAACAUAUAACAUCAUAAUAAGCGCAUAUUCUGAACAACUCAACAUGAAUAUGGCCAUGAAGCUCUUUUCCAAGAUGAAGGGCAAUGGCAGUGACCCAGACAACUAUACUUAUCGGGUUGUCAUAGAUGGCUUUUGCAAAAUGGGAAAUAUUUCUCAAGGAUACAACUUUCUUUUGGAAAAUAUUAAAAAAGGAUUUAUACCAUCACUGACAACAUUUGGACGGAUUUUAAAUUGUCUGUGUGCAAAGGAGAAGGUUCCAGAAGCAGUUAGUAUCAUCCACCUUAUGUUACAAAAGGGCAUCAUUCCAAACACUGUAUAUACAAUUUUUGAAGCUGAUAAAAAGGUGAUAGCAGCGCCUAAGAUUCUUGUAGAAGAUUUGUUGAAAAAGGGUCACAUAACUUAUCACACUUACGAACUACUAUAUGAUGGUAUUAGAGAUAAAAAGAUACUCAAGAAAAGACUCCCAACUGUGAGUUCUGUUCAUUGA